AUGACGAUGGAUACUGAUGGUGAUGUGCAGCAGCUGCAAGACCAGGUGAACUAUUUGCAGCAGCUGGAGGAGGAGGUCGACCACUUGCAUCAGCAUCUUGAGCAACACAAGGCGAUGGUGAGAGCUCCUUUAGCCAACUUUGCAUUGGAGAUUCACGGGGCUCGGGUGAUGACUGCUGAGACUUCCAAGACUCACGAGCAGAAAAAUGGCCCGCCUUGGCUCAAACCUCUCGGUCCAGACACUGUGUUCAAAGGUCAUAAUUACCCUUUGAUUCCUGGACAGUGCUGGGCGUUCACAGGUCAGACUGGGAGGCUUUCCAUAGCUCUACCUCUGGAGAUCCACAUCACCAAAGUGACUGUAGGACACAUUCUGAAGGAGCAGUCUCUUACAAGAACAAUUCAGUCGGCUCCAAAGUCUUUCUCUGUGUACGGACUGAAGGACUUUGGACCAACAGAGGUAAGACUUGGAACGUUUCUCUACGACGCAGACGGGGACUCGUUCCAAACAUUUGACAUCCUGGAGCAACAAGGCACACUGAAGCUGCCAGUGGUUCCAGCUGAUCUGUCCUGCACUGAAGAGCUGCAGACCUGGCAUAGACCACGAACCCAGGGGAUCAAGCCAGAAGCGGUGUCGGAAAUGAUUGUGAGCAAACCAAGGCUCAAGAAAGCAACCAAGGCUGUUGUUAAAUCAACCCUUUAUCCUGCACAUUCAGGUCCUCUCCCUGAUCAGCACUUGAUGACAAUUGGUGAGAAGCUAAAACACAUACAACCCCAAUUGGGAAUCUGCAAGAUUCUUUCUGGCCUUGAGGAAAUGACAAUGGUGGACUCCAAAUUUGGUCUGGUGCCUCAUGGAUCUGUGCUAUCCUAUCAGUAUCCUGCAAAAGACACCGGUGGAUAUGUCAAGGAUCUUGGUGCUCCAGACUUUCCUUCGCUGCCAGUUGAGGGCUAUUCAUUCAAAAGUGAUCAUGUGUUCGUACCUACGUAUGCACAAUCCGUCCACAUGGAGAGCCUACAGUUCGUCCGUGAUCCCAGGAAGAGCUGGCCCUGGAUCAGCCCCAGCGGCAGUGAAACCCCUCUAGUCCCACAGUAUGCUAAUCCAAAUGCUAAUGAAGCUAACGAGUGGAUGGACUUACAGUACCUGACUCGCUAA